CCGUGAGUGUCCGCGUAUCCUGGUGGGUUUGAAUGCGCAGCCGCCAGGUUGGAGUAUCGCGAGUUGAGUCCGCUGUCGGAGGCUCUUCCCAGUGCGGCGUGUGAUAGUGUAAUGUGUGGUUGGCCACGGUGAAGUCUUAUUAGCAACACAACUUGCAUUUUCUUCAAGCGUGAAAUUGUGCAGUGCCGUCCUAGAAUCACACAUUCCUUGUGUUGACCGCCGGUCACAGUUGUAGUUCUUGUGAGCAUGGGCACAGAAUUCAAGGAUGUUGAUGUGAACAUGGAAGACUCCGGCAAUAGCUGCGGAAGCAGCGUCGUCUCCGACUACAGCGGCCCUUCGGACCACACCGACUUCGACGGCGAUGGCGUCCAAGUUUCCGACCUCGAGGGAGACAGCGACGAGCUGCGACUCCCACAGUGCAGCACACCAGACGAGUACGGUGACUGCAUAGCAGACGUGAACUACUUCCUUGAGAUGGAAGAGAGAAUGAAGAGUAAUAACAGUAGCGUUGGGGAUGUCAAGAAUAUCGAAUCUCAACAACGACUAGCAGUGCUCAGUUUCGAGCAGGUCUGCCGGUUGAAUGAUGUGAUGGAUGAGGUAGUGAGCAUCCACGGACGUGGCAAUUUUCCGACUUUGGAAGUCCGUCUGAGGGACCUGGUAAACGUCGUGAGAAAGAAGUUGGAGACUGAUACGGCUUCUGGCGGCGCGGGCAUGCGUGUCCGCGAUAUACGUCUGAACGGUGGUGCAGCAUCGCAUGUUUUGGCCACCGAGUCUCAGCCAUAUAACGAUUUGGAUCUCAUCUUCGGAGUCGAUUUGUCUAACGUGCGGAAUUUUGACCGCGUCAAGUCCGCCGUUUUAAGUUCUCUCUAUGAAAUGUUACCUGAUGGCGUCAGCCGCAAACGCAUGUCCACAUGCAGUCUCAAGGAAGCUUACGUAAGCAAAAUGGUGAAAGUGAAUAGUAGUAAUAAUGAUGGUGAUCGCUGGUCCCUCAUCUCUCUCGGUAAUUCCCGUGGUCGCGGCGUCGAAUUGAAAUUCGUCGAUAGCAUGCGACGACAAUUUGAGUUCUCGGUGGACUCAUUUCAAAUAAUCUUGGACUCUCUUUUGCUCUUCUACGAAUGCAGCGAGCUUCCUAUCAGCGAGAAUUUCUACCCGACGGUCGUCGGUGAAUCCUUCUUCGGCGACUUCCAGGAAGCUCUAUACCACUUACACAAGAAGCUGAUCUCAACGAGACACCCCGAGGAAAUCCGCGGAGGCGGUCUGCUCAAGUAUUGCAAUUUGCUAGUCAAGAACUACAAACCGGCGAGUCCUGAUUACAUCAAGAGUCUCCAAAAGUACAUGUGCUCGCGGUUUUUCAUCGAUUUCCCUGACAUUAAUCAACAAAGGGGGAAAUUGGAGAACUAUCUUUGGAAUCACUUCGUCGAGCCGGAGGAAGAGGCUCUCAAACACCAGUACCUGAUGCUAUUGCACGACGUGGUGGAGGAGUCCACCGUUUGUUUAAUGGGACACGAGCGGCGACAGACCCUCCAGUUGAUAAAGAGCCUGGCUUGGCAAGUCCUAUACCAAGACCAACAACGCAUAAUGACUCAACAGCCGCCGCCCCUGAUGUACGCCAAUGGCAUCGUCUACGCUCCCAUUAUCCAGACGAGCUGCUACUGUACGUGCAACACAUGGAUGUCGUGCUGUUCGUCGUGAUGUGUAUAAGUCUGUGCGAGUCGUCCAAAGCGGAACCACAGCAUCUUAUCUAUCCGUCUAGAUUCGGUAGCUGUUGUGCGCCGCGUGUCAAAGACUCAUUAGACUUUAGUCAUUUUGUUUACACCUCGUACAGACAAAUUAUUACUGACUGAGGUUUCCAUUUUUGGAGCCCGUAUGAACUCUCUGAACGCAGGCUUAACGUGUCGUCUCUUUGACUACGAAACCAUUCCGAAAUUUUACACAGAAGGCUAUUUCUUGAUUUCGUUUGCAACAUGAGGCUGAAAGUUCUUAACAAAACAUGUUGACGCAUCAUUGGUGUGUGGCUGUGAGAAACACAUUUAUAAUUGGGUUGUGUACAUGGAGAUUUAGCGAUUGGAGCGUAUUUCUCGAGAGAUGCAGCCUGAAGCGUCCGAUACGUCGCUCAAUUUUACUCAAUAUUGUAGGUCACAAGGACCCUCUCGGGCGCUCCGCCGCCACUCCUAGACCUCUUCUCCUACUCUGGAACUUUGCCGUAAUGCAUUUUAUACGCAUAUUAUAUACGUACAUAAGAAUUAUAGCAACACAUUUGUACCACUUUAUUCACCGACAUAUUUUUUCUUCCUUUGUAUUUUAUAUUUGAUGCUUUAAAAAACCGUUUAUUUAGGUUUUAUAAAAGUAAUGUUAUAUCACGUUACUUAUUCCUUUACAUUAUUGUGUACUUUAAAUACUUAUUAUCUUUAAUAGUGUAUUGAUGUUUAAGUAUUGCAUCGACAUUGGGCCUUUUAUUAUUGUAUUUUUUUAGUGUUUGCUGCUUACCAGGGACCUUCAGGCUGCAUACAUACAUGUUAUAUUUUAAGAAAUUCUGCAAUCAGUGCAAAACGUCGCCCGAUCGCAAUAAGUAUUAAACAUUGUACAUAAUGUAAAAUACAAGUCAUAAUUCAUAUUAAGUGAAUAUUUUCAGAAAUAUGUAUGUAGUUUGUCACAAGUAAAAUUAGCAAGUGUAUGAUAGAUAAAAUCGGAUUUUUAUUUUUAGAUACUUUAGAAAAAAAUACUUAAAAAAAUGUUCAAAACUGAGUCUUAACAAAAAAAAAACGAAUUUGUGAAUUGGCCUAAUUAAUAUUGUUGUAUGCUCAGUCUGACUAGUAGUUAUUAUCAUAGACUGCUCGGUGACCUCUUUAACAUGCCUACAAGUACUUAUGUCGCGAGGGUGACUGACUGAAAAAUUACAUACAUAAUAUUACUGGAUCUUUAGGAUUCGCUCUAAGCUAUUAUCUAUCAUAAGAAACAAAAAUUUAAAAAAAUACAAAAUGUCUAUUUUGAUUGAAAUGUAUGUAUGUUAUAAUGGGCUUAAUCUGUAUAUUUUUAUUGUUCCAUAGGCCCAAUAAGAAUAAACUAAGAAAAAUGUAAAAACCCAAUAAAAAUGAAUAAAAUGUGUAAACAUUUCUGAGAUGAUUA